AACGAAGUUUACCAGUAAUAUUUAUACCUCUCAAUUAACCUCAGUUAGAUCAACUGCGUUUCAAUGUUUUAUUUUAUAUAUGUUGUAUUUUAUCGAUACAAAUUAUUACGUUUUAUGUAGUUGUUUACUGUAAAUCGAUUUCAGACUGUCUGUUUUACAUGAGUACGUUUUAAAAGAUACGUAUGAUUGCCUUGUCACAUUUUUUAAAUAGUGUAUUCAAAAAUGAUUUUUAUGUUACUUUUAAGUAAAUUGAAUUGAUAUACAAGUAUGGAUAUAUAGAGAAUAAAAGGUUACUGCUUGAUCGUUUUGUAAUAUAUCAGGCAAUGCUAAGAAUAAAAUAAUGGCGAGGCUUGCCGCUGCAUUCGUUUAACGCGUAUGAAUCUGUACAGCGUUGUUCCUCAACACACAAAGUAGCGUCAUUCAAUGUAGUUUUAUAACUCCGAAAAGUCUCUUUGCGUCUUUUAUUAUACAACAGAAAUGUAAGCCGCAAUAAUAUAAUACAUAAAAUAAAUGCAUACACUAUGCAUUGUUAAAGGGCCGCUUUAUUAGCGUUUGUAAAAUGUCAAAGCCAGUCGCUCACGUAUUCGCACUCGCAGUGCAUCUACACGUGUAAUUAAAGGAUAGAUGUGUUCAUUAGAAGUUCGGAAUUUAUUGCGCGUUUUGUCUGCGGCUAUGAUAUUAAUUAGUAAAAACAUCAUUUUGAAUGAAAAAUAAGCAAAUUAUAACGAAAUAUCAAUUUUUGUGUUAAUCGUUUUAUUUCUUAAAAUAUGACCCAGCAUUUGUAAAAAUAUAACAAUAUAUGUGCAUUCCAGAAAGGAUAUUUAUUUCUGCGUUGAAUAAGACCAAGUCCAUGGAAAUCGCUGCACAAUUAACGAAGUUCUUAUUGUUCAAAGCGAUGCAUCCCGUUUUCGGGUCAUUUUGAGUUGAAUAAAUUGUUAUAUAAUAUUAUAUAUUUGAUAGUGAAAUUAAUUUGUUUUCAGAUAAAUUGAUUUUUCGUUAUAAUUUGAUUAUUUUUCAUUCAAAAUUAUGUUUGUACUAAUUAAUAUCAUAGCCACACGCUAACCGCGUGUGGUUUUGCCUACUAUGGUGGUUGUGCGUAAAUAUUGAGUUUCUGAACAUUUAGAACAGCUCCAAAUAACAUGUCAUUUAUUGGAUUUAUUUGAGCGGGAAACUGUGGUUGUGCAACUCCAGGGUGGGUGGGGAGAGAAAUGUUCAUUUCGGAAGUGUUGACAGCAGUGCAUGACACAGAUGGAGAUGACUCGCGAGUUGCAGUGGAACAUGUUGCCAACAGGCAGGCACGUGUUAGAAAAAAUUUUGGCCACUGCUACGAAAGAUAGAAAAUGGGAUGACGAAUUCAGCGACUGCUACAUAAGUACCAUUGGCGUGGAUUUUAAAAUCCGGACAAUUGAAAUGGACGGCAAAGUCAUAAAACUGAACAUGUGGGACACCGCCGGACAGGACAGGUUUAAAACUAUUACGUCAACUUUUUAUCGAGGAGCACACGGAGUCAUACUGGUGUUCGACCUUACUGAUAUGGAGUCGUUCCAUCAUAUCAAGCAAUGGAUGGGCGAGAUAGACAAGUUCGGUGGAGGUCACGUUGCUAAGAUGUUGGUAGGAAACAAGUCUGACCUCAAAAACAAACGCGUGGUUUCCACGGAUAUGGCACAGAAUUAUGCAGAGGAAUUAGGGAUACCAUACAUCGAGACCAGCGCCAAAAGCAGCGAAAACGUCGACAAAUCGUUUAAAAAAUUAAUUUUCGACAUGAAAAACUCUCAGCAAGCUCAAUGUCGACCAAGAUAUAAUAAGUUUUCUGAUAAAGAAAAUGAAGAAUCUCCAGAUGGAUUUUGUUGCAGUGCAAAGGAAUGUUGUAGUAAUUUGUUUUUGACAUGCGUCGGAGGUCUUCUAUUCCUUGUACUCUCUUGUUGUGGCAUCAAAGUCUUCCCUGCAACCUGCUCUCGUACCCCUGCAUAUCGCCGUUUCCACGAGAAGUAACGCAGAAGCGUGUGCCACUGGGCAAGGGUCUUGCACAGUUUGUAUACGAUCCAUGUUCUUGAUCAUUUGUCAAUCGUCUGUGUGUUCCGAUCUUCACUGAUCAAAUGUCGACGAUAUAAACAAUUUCUUCAGUGAAUUUUAAUGUUUGAUGUAGACGGCGGCAGUUUGAGGUGCACUUCAAUAACAUCCUGGUUUACACGCCGAAAUAGUUGAAAUGCUAUAAUCAGUUAUUCAGGAGGAGCCAACCACAAACACCAUAAACGAAUAUUGCACGUUGGUAUGGCCACAUUGUGACUGAGUUUGUUUCGCUAAGAUACUUUUCCUUAUUUACAUUCAGGAAUUUGCGAUCAAACUGGGCAUACCAUACAUAGAAACAAGCGCUAAGAUGGCGACAAACGUCGAGCAAGCGUUCCUAACCAUGACGGCUGAGAUGAAAAAACUCUUUGAUACCGGCGUCUUAU